AUCUCGGGUGGACCACACCACAGGAAACAGGUAGACCAUCUCAGCAUGUGGGCCCCAAUGGGCGCGACACGUGGUGGGGAUCGUGAGGCCGGACAAAGGGAAAACGAACUUAACUCCCAAUAAAGGAAUGCCCCUAAAAUUAGUAGCGGGUCAGCAACAUAAUCGGAUCUAGGUUUGCCCAAAUGGUUUGGGAAAUUCGGAUUCCAGCUUUUCCCCAAAUCCUCUCCACCAAAAGAAAAACAGAGCCUACCAAAAAUGCCCUUCAAGUCAUCUCCAUUUUCCAGAAUUACCCUUCUCCCAAUCCCUCUUCUCUGGCACCAUUAAAAACCUCAUCUCCCUCUCUCCAAGACACAUAAAUAACGGAAAAGAAAAUCCCACCCGAGUGUCGAGAUCUUUCCAUUAAUUCCCCUUUCCUGUCCUGUCCUUGUCCCGUCCCGUUCGCAGUCAUGAGUCUCGCGUGCCUGACGUGCCAGACGCUGCUGAGGACGGAGUCGUUGGACAUGGAGACAGAGCAGCUCGACCCGAAUCUCAACAGAUUGCGCUCGAACGGGCCAGAUAGAAACUGGUCCGGAUGCCUCCUGCCGCCGCCUUAUGAGAACAAGAGGAAGGCUCUCCACAAACGAGGCGGCAGCGUCGCCUCUGCCAACAUUGAGGAGCAAGCUGUGGCUGAUGCGUCAGGCGAGCCACGACUGCAGCGGAGCCGUGGCAUGAGGAGAGAUUGGAGCUUUGAGGAUCUGAAGAAGAGCGCAGUUGUUAUCAGGAUGUGAGAGGGGAAAGGGCAUUAACGACAAAGAUUCGAAAUUUGGCGGGUUUUUUUCCAUUCUUUUUCCUUUUUUUUUCCUUUUUAAUUUUAUUUUUGUACGUGUGAAAAUGGCUGAGGCGAUUGCCGUUAUUAUUGUUGUAGGCAUUUGCUUGAGUCUGAUUCCUCUACAAGUAUUUGUUGUACAAGUUCUUCGCCUGUGUAUAAAUUACUACAAAAGUUAUUCACCUGA